CUAUGAAGAAACAUGUGAAAGUAUUAAGGAGAAAAUUAUGAAACCAAGAAUAAAGAUAAAGCUAAUAUCCAAGGCAAGAAAGAGAAUCAACAAAGUUCAAGGAGAGCUCAGUUUAAAAGAGAAAAUCAACAAGAAAAUAGGGGGGAAAAAAAUCAGCAUGGACCUUGCAGAGAUUGACCAAGACAUGAAGAAUUCAGAAAAACAAAUUAGUUCUCAAUGAAUGCCACACACAUGUAUCUGAACAAUCUGAUCUGACAUUCUUGGUGUUCAAGUAAAGAAACAUAGUUAAUUAAUUAUACAUAGUACCUUUUCACUUUUUCAGUUUAUCCCUCCUAACUUGACUUCAUUUUUACUCAUUUACCAGUAGCAUAGGCUAAAAUUAAAGGCUUUAUAUAAACCACAAGAAUUUUCAACUUUAGAAUAUGUUCUCUCAUUUUACGUGCAACUAUAUUCCAAACUCUAAUUUCGAAGCAGCAAAAGAAAUUAAUAAUGUAUCCAAGACUGAAAGUGAGAACCGAAGAUCAAGACGAUGAUGAUGAUUUUUCAGAAAGUGAUAGUGAAAGUAGGGUGUUCCUGAAGUUCAUUGACUCCCUACAUUUUGAAGGAAUAUUGAAGAAUAGCAAACAAGUUGGUGAGAGGCCAAAACAAAUUGCAAGAUCUAAUUCUGCUGCCUUACGUCCACGUGCAGUUCUAUCUAGUCCCGAAAAUGAUGAAUUAAUUGGAAGCAUAAAUGACUUGGUCAACAAGGAAUCUCGAGCUCAUAGACAAAGGGAUGUAAGAGUGAAGGUGGGAAAUCAUGAAGCUAAAGUCUCGUCUAACCAAGUUAAUAAGAUUGGAAUUCCAAAUAAAUUUAACAAAGAGGGAGAUGAGGCAUUGAAAUGCAAAGAUCCUCCCAGAGCAAAGUGCACUCUUAGCAACUUUUGAUCUUAAUGGCUAUAAUAAUAAUACUUGAAAGGAGAGACAUCAUUAACCUUGUUGGUUGGAAUUUUUUAAUCCAUUCUAAGUUCAUUUGAGUCUGAGUUUACGAGUAAAAUUUACAAUAACGUUUUUCUGACCUUC